AUGUUGAUUGAUGAAAAUAGACCAAUCCAGCAAAUCACUGAUAUUACUGUUCCUGCUGAGUUAGAAGAUAUAGUAGAUCUUGAAGAUAAGCUCUGGGCUGCAAAUAUAGAUCAAAAAGAAGAACUAAUUGAAGUUAUUAAUAAUUUUCUUCAAAAAUAUCCAUCACGAGACGGAUAUAUUGUCAGCUUAAUUGACUACAUUUCCCAAAGAAGAUAUAAAAUGCUUUCUUUUUAUGCUGAUCUAAUUAUUGGUUUUUAUCAUCAUUACGACCAACAACCUCUCAGUACCCAACUUGUUCAGAUACUUCACAGCAGAGGGAAAAUAUCACUUCCUCCUGGAAUGGAUCCAAUCGAUGAAGAAGAAUUUAUUGGCAUCUUCAAAAAAGGAACACUAAACUAUGCUUUAGUUUGGGAUGAUGUCGAUUUUUUGGUCAAUUUGUCUGCUGAAAAUCCUGAUUUUGAUUUCACUGCUCCAAUCAAUGCUACACCUUUAAUUGGCCUAGCAGCAAGAAAUGGAUCAAUCAAUUGCUUUAAAUUCCUUUUGUUGAAUGGUAAUGUUGUUGACGACAUGACUGCAAAUUAUGCGAUUCGAGGCGGAAAUUUGGAGAUUGUUCGUUUAUGCCAGCAAAAAGGAUCUACAUUCAUUGGAGGUUUCAUUGCAUCUCUUCAGUUCCACUUCAAUGAUAUUGCUGAUUUCAUGCUACAGAACUUCACUUCUCAUAGACCAGAGUUGUCUGAUGUAAUUUCUUAUUACAACACUCGCGCUGCAAUUUUCUUUAUUUUGAAUGGUGAUGAUAUCAAUUUGAAAUCUCAAAAAGAUGAAUAUCCUUUGAUUAAAUCAAUAUUUACGAAUCAAAUUGAGUUAUCAAGAUAUUUAAUAUCUCAUGGAGCAAAUGUAAAUAUCAAAGAUUUUUCUGGACAGUCUGCACUUCACUAUGCAGUUCGAAGUCCAAUUUAUUCAAAAGAUGCAAUACAGGUACUUAUAGAAAAUGGUGCUGAUAUUAAUUCACAGAAUUCUCACGGAGAUACAGCUUUGAUGCUCUCUUUACAGCAGCAGAAACUUUAUUUGCUUAAGAUGUUACUUGAUUAUAAUAAAUACAACUUUGGUUUGUUUGAUCAGUCAGGCAUGAAUAUCAUUGACAAAGCUUCAUUUCUUGGGAAUAAUGAAGCAAUUGAAUUACUUCUUGAUCAUGGUUGUGAUGUCAAUUUAAAGAAUAAUGAUGGUUAUAUACCACUAAGCUAUGCAUUACUAGGAAAACAAUAUGAAGCAGCUAAACUGUUACUUUCUAAAGGUGCCGAUCCAAGCAAUAUCAACAGCAAAGGUGAAAGCGAAAUAUUUGUUUGUAUUAGAAAUAAUAAUCUUGAAGGAUGUCAAAUUCUUGUUGAUAAUGGGUGUGAUGUUAACACUCCACAUAAAGAAAUUCCUCUUAUUCAUGCUAUUAAGAAAAGCAAAUUUGAUAUUGUUAAACUGCUUAGCAUAUACGAAAAUUGCAACAUCAAUAUCAAAGAUGAACUUGGAAAGACACCUCUUAUGUAUGCGGCAACAAACAGCUCUGUUGAAAUUGUUUCAUUUUUGUUAUCUAAGGGUGCUAACAUUAAUGAAAUCGAUAAUUCAAAUAUCUCUGCUUUAAUUUAUUCUGUGAAAAACAAAAACGAAGAAAGUGCAAUUUAUCUACUUGAACAUGGGGCAGAUAUCAAAAUCAAAACAGGAAACAACAAGUCUGUCUUAAACUUAGCUGUUUCAUUUAAAUUGACAAAUUUUGUUCGUAAGAUUGCUAAGCUUGGUUUCUUCAAAGACGACAUAGAAGAAAUCCAAGCUGCAUUAGAUCUUGCAAAAAGGAGGAAAUACACUGAAAUAGAGAAUAUCCUUAAUGAAAUUAAUUAG